UUUGUUAUUGUUUGUUUAUUAUAAGCUGUAAGAGACAGCAGACUUGAGGCUUUUUGGUCUGAAAAUCAUAUAAAGUGAUUAAAUAGGCAUUAAAGAGGACUCCAUACUAAUGUCUUGUCAUGCCAAGUUUGACUCUUCUAUUUUUUGUACAUUGUCUUUUAAAAUUCUUUGUGACUUUUUAUUAAUGUGUUAUUAUAGAUCUAGGCCUUAAUAUAAAAAGAUGUACACGAAUUUACAGAAUUUGAAAGUAAAGUAAAAAAAUAUAUAGAAAUUAUUAAAAUAAAAACAUUAGAGAAGAUACAGUACUCUUUUUAAAUGCUAGAUAUCAUAACUACAUAUUGCACCAUUGAAAAAAUGCUAGUUUCCCCACAGUACCCUCAUCAUGCCUCGGCUCCAAAUAUCUUUGAAGGGUAAAAGGUGGUAAAUCUAGCACUGAGGACCUUGGUAGACAGAAAUAGAUUCUGUAGGUGAUAAACAACUUCCUUUUGUCUUCUCAGAUUGACCAACAGGAGGUGAUUGACGCUUCAGUUGAUGUCCUUUGAGAUAGCUGAGAGAGCUCUAUAGGUUAGAAACUCUCAAGUAAGAGUUUCUGCGCGAAACCUUGCCCAUUUGACCAGAGGAGAGACUUCUCCUGUGGGGUGUGAGGUUCACAAAUGGUUGUCGCCAGUCUCAAUGUAAAGGGUGGCUGGUUUCUUUUGUGUACAUACGAGGAUGCAUUCUGUCCCAUGUACACCAGGGGUCAGUAAAAGAUUAUAAUGAGUCCUAAAUCUCUUGGCUAGAGAGUUAAUUUUUACAAGUCCUCCUUACAACUUGGUGGGAAAAUUUGCAGUGUUAGCAGCAGCAAAGGAUCAGCACAGCGAACAUAGAAGAAUGUCUCAGCGUGCACAAAGUUCACAGAUAAUUAUAAAAAGUUAAUUUAGAGCUAAACAACAACAACAACAACAAAAAGUCACAUAAGAGGAAAGACUAAAACUAGAAGAAAAUAGUUUCACACAGUGAACAAGAAAAAGUUGGACAUGUAAUUGCACAUUAUUUUAGUAAUUAUAUAUGUAUGUAUUUGCAGUUAUAAUAAAUAUACAUCCUGUGUAUAAUACAUAUAAAGAUAACAUUGAACUAAACUUAAUAAACAGUCUGACUGCAGCAGGAAGGAAGGACUUGAAGUAUCUCUUUGUCACAUACCACGGGUGUGGAAGCCUGUUACUGACGGGGCUGCCCAGUGCUGCUCUGCAGGGGGUGGGAAACAUUGUUUGUGAGAGACCACAGCUCAGCCAUCAUCCUUCUGUCCCCCACCACCUCUACAGGGUCCAGAGGGCAGCCCAGGACAGAGCUGGCCCUCCUCACCAGUUUGUUCAGUCUGAUCAUGUCUGCAGUCGUGAUGCUCCUGCUCCAGCAGGACAAGCCAUAAAAGAUGGCUGAGGCCACUUCAGAGUCACACAAGGUCCCCAGUUCCCUGCACAUUAAAGGACCUCAUUUUCCUCUGUAGGUGGAGUCGACUUUGACCAGGUACUUGUAGGAGUCCACAGUCUUAAUGUCCUUUCCCUGAAUGUUCACCGGUGUGGGAGGGGUGGGUCUGUGCCUUUGGAAGUCUACUACCAGUCACCAAAUUCAGGUUCACUGCUCUGUAUUUCCUUUUGUUUUCAUUGGUGUUAUUUUUUCCUGGGUGGGAUGUUAUUUAGAAAAUAGACAUCAUGAUAUCCAAAUUGAGGAUACUGUGCUUAAGUUCAGUAAGAUAACUUGUGGGGUACCCUAAGGAUCUAUGAUUGGUCCAGAACUUCUUAUAUCAAGCUCCUAGUGUUCAAACAAUUUCAUCUAACUUUUUGUUUUUUUGUUCAAUAAACUCUUGGUUUCUGCACAUGAGGCCUCCAUUUUUGUUCCAUUGUGACAGAAAGACCUGACAUACCAUGGUCCAAAUCAAAUCAUUUUGAUUUGGACAAGGUAUUUUUUAAAAAGGCCUACUCUAAUGUGAGAGGCCAAUGCCCUAUUGAGCAGUCCCCUUGGCUUGGAACACACUUGGCAAUUUUACCCAGGACCAAAGGUGGCCAAAGAGAGAGACAUGAAAAACGGAACUCCCAGCGGCACCUCCUGCCAAAGCUGCCGAGCAAUUUUAAAGCCACGCUGCUUUUCAAUUUGGAGGUCCUGCCAACUCCUGUGACCUUUUUAGACACCCUGCCGACUCUUGUCCUGACAUCCCCUGUGUCCUUGUCUGAGGCCCUGCUGAGUCCUGUGUCUUUGUUGAUGCUUUCAUAUGUACUCUAUGCCCUGUUUGGCAACCCCUGUAGCUGCUCCCAGGAGAGGGAUCCUAGUAAAGGUUCGAUAGUCGGGUCUCAGUGCCUGAUCCCAGGUCAGCCAACCAGGUAGCAGUGCCUUCUCCCCUGGUCUGCCCUCAGGCCGGUCACUCCUUUUACCUCCAUCCCAGCCUGCCCUACUUCUGUGAUGGAGGACUACCCCCCUGACCUGUGGGCCCCCAGUGGUGGGCUUCCUGGCAGCUUUCCCUAAUGCCCCUUGUCUCGCCCCUGAAACCACAGUAUUGUAUCUAAUGUAUUUUGCAGGAUGGUUAUUCAAAAUACAACAGCUACUACAUUGUGCACUCUGGUCUACUGAGGCAUAGAAUUAGGGAGAAAGACAGAGACCAUUCAACUACAUUAUGUAGACUUUAUCAAUCAAAUGUAUAUUUCAUUCACUAAGCUGAUUGAUCAAUGCGUAAUGUUGUGUACCCCUUGGCAAUAUUGCAAUAUUUUCUCUGACAUUCAUGCCAUUAAAGUUGUUUUUAACUGAACUGAAAAUUGACUGAGGGUGUUCAUUCCUUAGCAGUCCUCGGGGAAAUUGUCAUCCCCGUGGUGUAUCUGUAUCGGGGGUCCUGAUUUCACAGCCAUCCUCCGUCACAACUGCGUCAGCACUGAUGAGCUCAUCGUCCCCAGGAAGGGAGGGGGCUUAGUCAACUCUCUCUCUCUCUCUUUCUGUGUGUGUGUGUGUGUGUGUGUGAGUGUGAUUGAGAGAGAGGAAGGGAGAGAGAGAGAGAGAGAGAGAAUCGGGGUGUUGCCGCCUCUGAGACACUCACGCAUCACUGAGAAACAGCAGCAGGCUGAGGACAGAUACACCCACCCGCCUCCAUCUUUCUCUCCGAUAAAAACAAGAGACAUUUACCAGUUUUUAACGCUAAAUUUAACCACGGACACUGCUGAAAAUAAAAAAAAAACAGUGGAAAUAUUGCGGAUAUUUGAAGCAAGCAUCUUCUCAGUCGACGAGGGAGGGCGGUGUUAAAGCAGACGGACAGUUUCAGCACCCUGGCCAGCGACAAUGGCUCCAAUGGUAGUGGAAGGUGAUCAGCUUGGUGAGUAUAAACUGGAUAAACUCAUUUUUUAUCAUUACAUUAAUCCAGAACAGCUCAACCAUAUGAGGCGUUGAUGGUAAUGAGCGUCUUCAGGGUGUCAUUAACUACCAUCUCAAGUAACAAAUCACACGCCCGUAGCUUUUUAAUGAUGUACAUUUAGUCUGGUUUAAAAUCAAAAUUAAAGUUGUCCGUCUUAACGAAAAUAUAUAGCCUAGGCUUACCGGGGAUUUGUCUAAAUGCCAACCGUUGCGCUCAAAAGACGUCGUCUGGGGAGGUACCGAGCCUCCAUUUUGGUGCUAGCAUGAGGGCGAUGGCUAUUCAUGGGGAAAACCAGCGGGGGUGACGUCUUCGGUUACGCCAUAUUGAUAAGGUGCAGCUGAGCGGCAGCCUCAAAACAUGCGUCCAAUAUCUUUAUUUUUAUCUAAUGAAGAUGUCAGAGCAGCCCACCCAGCCAGUUAGGAUAUUGUAAAGAAAAGAAAGAAGUGAAAACCUUAAGAUCUGUGAUUUGAAUCUGAAUAAUAUGCCCAUUUUCUUCUUUAUUGCUCACCCUAUAAAUGUGAAUAAGGUGGUGAUAAGUGGAUGAAUGCUAUGCCUACCUCCAUCAGAACAAAACGUAUUCAAAGAAAAAGGCAUAGGCUAAUAUGUGAAACCACCAGAGAUACAAAUGUCCCCGCCCGCCCCUACUCCUUUGUAUGGGUGUCAAGUGCUUUUCCACUGACCCUACCAGCAGGAAAUAGACAUUUUAUCCCUGACUGCUUAAGACUGAUGCAUAUUUGCAAUUGAGCCACAUUCAAUAUCAUAAAACCAACAGCUCUAGCCUUUAGAGGCACAUUUUCUCAAAUUACAGGAAACAAAAGUACUAUUUUUUUAUUACUUUAUAAUAUUAUAAUCCCAUUUAACGAUAUUAGAUAUGGCAUGUAUUGAAAACAAAAUGUUUAGGUGUUUUUGUUGUACAUACACAAAAUCAACCUACUUUGGGUAGACUGCCUCGUUUUCCUCCUUUUCAGUCAUUCUGGGACAAGCCUGCUGGGCAAGCUACAUCUAUCAGACGUAAAAUGAAUCAGAUGUGCAGCAAUAAACAUAUUGAGAUUGAGGAAGCUAAGCAUUUGUACUUAAUUGUAAUGCCUGAAACCACAAAUUAUGGCCAGAAAAUUCUAUUUUUUUUGGAGCUGAAAUGUUUAUUUCAAUUACUACUAAAAACCAAAAAAAUAAAAUAUCCUUGAAAUUUAAUAAAUACAUCCAUUGAUCUUGUUUGAUUCAUUAGAUGUUUUUCAUGUUUUUCAGGACAUUUUCAUCAUUUAUUGGACUGUAUUAAGAUGGUUUUUGUUAGUAAUUUGUUGAUCAUAUUGAUUUGAUAAAAGUAUAUAAAAGUAUGUAUCAAAUAUGAUACAAAAGGCAAUAAUGGGCUAAAUAUUUUUCUGUUCCUCCCUUCCUCCUCGCCCUUCCCCUGUCUUCCACAGUGGCGGUACCAGUUGGUGUCGCAGUGAUGAGUGUCUUUGGCCUUGUCUUUACUGUGUCAGCCUUUGCAUGGAUUUGUUGCCAGCGCAAAAACACCAAAUCUCAGAAGACGCCUCCUUAUAAGUUUGUGCACAUGCUUAAAGGGGUUGAUAUCUACCCAGAGAGCCUCAGCGGCAAGAAAACGUUCGCCGCACCUGCUUCUGCGACAGCUAAUGACAGCAACAAAACGGAUGUUAAUGGAAACUGCCACACUGCAUCGCUAAUGAGUUCUGCUGGUACUGAAAAACUGGCUGCAAGUCCAAAUGAUUCAAGAGGGGUUCUGCACCUGGAUCUGGAGAAACGAGAUCUGAAUGGCAACUUCACAACCAAACCGUUCCAUCAUCACCAUCAGAAGGUGCGGAGCUCCCCAGACUUGGAACUGCCCUAUCCACAUGCAGGGUUCACCCAACCUGGGAUGAUUGAUCACCACGACCUCCCUUCACCACAGAGCACCCUUUCAAGUCAGGCACCUACCCCAGCUGUUGACAAGCCCCAGGGAGAGGAAAAAGAGAGUGGGCUGGGAACUCUCCAUUUUUCUCUGGAAUACCAGCCAGAGAAAAAGGCAUUUGUCGUCCAUAUUAAGGUAGAGUAUGUGUAUUGUGCACAGUUGUCUAUAAAAUUAUUGUAACCUAAAAAAAGUCUCACACAAUGUCAACUGAUUUUGAUCCAGGAAGCCCAUGGCCUUACACCAACUGACGAUCAGUCGCUGACCUCUGACCCUUACAUCAAGCUCACGCUGCUGCCGGAGAAAAAGCACAGAGUGAAGACCAGAGUUCUGAGGAAGACGCUGGACCCCGCCUUUGAUGAGACCUUUAGCUUCUACGGGAUCCCGCUCGCUAGAGUGUCUGAGUUGGCCCUUCAUUUCGUGGUAUUGAGCUUCGAUAGGUUCAGCCGCGAUGAGGUCAUCGGAGAGACCCUUGUACCCUUGUCCGGGAUUGAUUUAUCAGAGGGGCGAGUCCUGAUGAGCCGUGACAUUAUCAAGAGGAAUGUCAAGGUAAGAUCCGGAGCAAUUUUAUUAACCCUCUCAAAAAUGACUCAUCAGAUCUGCUUCAUCAUUACGGGUCCGUUAAUGAAUAAUUAAUCCUCAAUAGUUGAUAUCCAAUUAGUUAUUGAAUCGAUGGUUUUAACAGUUACAUAAUCUUUCUUCUCAAACUCUCUUAGAGGUAAAAAAAAGGUUUAAACCACUUCAUCUACUUGAAUUUGUUUUCGAUGUGAAUUAAAAGCUAUGUGCCCAUCAGGUUGAAUAGAAUAAUAUUUACGGUCUUACCAUUAAGAGAAGGAUUGAUAACUGAAACCUAGAUUCUGUUGUACUGCUUUUCUGUCCUUGUACUUUAAGAUGAAAUUGAAGAACCAGAAACUAAUUUAAUUGACAAAUAUCUUUUUUUAAAGCACCAACAACAGGGCUUUACAAAUUGCAAAAAAGUGUGAAUGUCAAAAAUAGUUAAGUCCUAUGUUUCCCAAAAGAAACAAUUCAUGCAAGGUUUUUAGAAAGGUUCUUUCUCUAUGAGUUACACUGAGUCAUCUGAUAUAAACAGCCUUUAGAAAGCUUUUUUUGUCCUUUGCCGUUCAGAUAUGUGCACAUGUGUAUAUAUCUGUGAGUCAUCACCAGUUUAUGAAAUUGAUUCAGCGUGUCAGUACAGUAUAGAUUUCACCCCAAUUAUGGAAGACCACAAAGACAGAAAAAAGAAUCCUUUAAAGCAAAUGAAAACAAAAGAAGAAAAAAAAAAACUCUUGUGCUGUCACUUGCUUUAUGUAAUACAUCCAGUGUCCCCAGAGGGAAGACUACAUACACAGCCUUGUUUUCAAGGACUGUUGCAAAUGCCAUAGCAACCAAGUGAGCUGCAACAUUACAUCAAAUCAGGUUUUAAAGGCAAGGAAAUUGAACCAGUGAUCGCUGUAGCAAGGACUGUAGCCUCUAUUUUUGAGGCACUCAGCCUUACAAUGUUUUAUUGCCAUUGAAUAUCUUGUUAGAAGCUGAUAAACUCGUCAGAAAGUCUAUCUCCUCUCUACCAUGGCCACUUCUGGUGUUUUAUUCCUUUUACCCUGUCGCUCAUCUUUAUCACUGUCUCUUCACAGAAGUCAACAGGCCGUGGAGAGUUACUGCUGUCCCUGUGUUAUCAGUCUACCACCAAUACUCUGACUGUGGUUGUGCUAAAAGCUCGUCACCUGCCAAAGACUGAGAACAAUGGGCCUACAGGUACUUAAUCUCGAUCAAUAAGAUGCAUGCUUAUAAAGACAAACACGAAUGCAUAGACCAAAACAGACAAACUAACUUGGAGCCUAUGGUAUUUAACUCAAUCAUUUAUGGUAAAAUGGUAAAAGCUCACUUAGGAUAUUUAAUUCAUCCUCGUUUACAAACACUGGGAAAGAAGUAAAUGUCUAAUGGGCUGAAUGAUGGCAAAACUGUGAACUUUACUCCUUCUUCUUUAGUUAAGGUUUUGUACUACCUGACUUCCUAGUAAUCCAUCUUUAUUAAAUGUCGGAGUUAAAGCCCAGUGUGCAAACUCUAAAGGGCAUAUACAUGAAAGAGAAAAUUGAUCCCGUACUGCAUUAUCCAGAGGUUUUAUUUAGUGCCAUUUCACAUCGGACUAUCAUGUUAACAUGUAUAUUUAAAGUCCAGUUUCAGGUCGACAAAGUCAGAAAAUCAAUUUUUCUAACGAUAUGAAAUGUACUGAAUGACUCAGCCACUGCACUGGAGUAAUCUGAGCAGGAUAUGAAAGAGAGCACUUAGUGACAAGCACUUACGAACACACAUCUACACACACAUACACACUCUUUCCCCUUCGCCCUCUCUUUCUUUCUCACUCUCUCACACACCCACAACAUACACAACAACACUUCUUAUCUCUAACAUCCUCAUUUCUGCUUUGAAAGUUUCUGUAUUGAUCGACUGUAGGAAUAAUAAACCACUCUGUAACCACUGUAAGGAUGGAUAUUCAGCAUUGAUUAGUUCCUUACUUUCAUUGUCUGUUAUUGUCCUUCUUAAUUUAAGAUCCCUACGUCAAGGUCAACAUGUACCAUGGGAAGAAACGCGUGUGCAAGAAAAAGACUCAUGUGAAGAAGUGCUCCCCUAAUCCGGUUUUCAACGAGCUCUUUGUCUUUGACCUGCCUUCUGAUGAGGGCCUGAUGAACACCAGUGUGGAGCUGCUGUUGAUGGACUCUGACACAGGCAACUCACGCUCUUCUAACACCAACCUGGGGCGCCUGGUCCUGGGCUCAUCAGUAGUGGGCACCCCUGGCGAGCACUGGAGGGAGAUCUGCGAGCAUCCACGUCGCCAGAUUGCCAAGUGGCACGUCUUGUCAGCAGAUUAAAACCAUUUACUGUCAUCCAGUUUCUUUAUUAUUACUGAUCUGUUCAAAUCUUGACUGGAACAAGAAUGUGUGAGAUUUAUUGUAAAAGUUCCUCAGUACUCUUUAAGUAAGGACAGAUGGUAAACAGAGAGGAGUUUGAUUGAAGCUGUGUGCCUCUGUGUGUGUAUGUGUGUGUGAGUGUGUGUGUGUUAGGUGGGGCAUUUAAGAUCUCAUGUCUUUCAACACUUUAUCUUUGCAUUACUGGGGUUCACCGUGGACAGUUUUGCAUGACAAAUGGAACCCUCUGGCUUUCACUGUCACUGAAAACCAUCUGGUAACAAACAACAUCAUUUCUGCUUAUAAAAGGAUCAAUCGUCAUGGAGAUUGUGCGCAGCUAUGGUUUUCUUCUCUUCUAACUCUGCCUUUUCAUCUCUUUUUUAGCUCUUGCUUCGAUGAAUAGUAACCAUAUACAUGGAAACCAAAAUGAACCAUAUCAUUACAAUGUUGUAAAAAUGUCUUAAUAAUUUUAUUACAUCAAUGUGAGAUGUCAUAAAUGAGGAGAAUGUCUUAAGUUAUAAAUUUGUAUUUUCUUGUUUAAAACUUCUUUUACUGUUUUUUAAUACCAUUAGUUUAAGGGAAGUCUCAGUUAGUUGGUUUAAGGAAAUAAAAUGAAAAGUAGAUUAAAUUGAGGAAAGCGAGGUAAGUGUAUGUAUGUGUGUGUUGUGUGUGCCUGCGUGCGUGUGUGCGUGGAAGUGCUUGCUGUGAUGCAACUAGGCGUAUGGAUGCAUAUGUGCAUAUGCGUUUGUGAGCUCAGAAGCAAUGCCACAUGUUUUCUGUGCUGUUUUUUCCCCCUUUUGUGAGCACAAAGACAGCUAAAUUGUAAAUGUAUGUAUCUUAAUAUAAAAUAUUGGCAAGUAUUGAAAAGAAAAACUUUUAAUGUUCUCAUUUCAUGGGUUCUGGAAUUAGAAUUUCUCUCUAAUCGUUCUGCGAUGAUAUUAUUACAACCAGAAGCAAUUCAGAUUUAGAUUUCAGGAUUAAUAAAAUAAGAUUAAAAUAUUUUUAUAGGGCCGACUGUGCUGCAAUAACCUCAGUCUUUCUUAAUCUAUUACCUUAAGAAGAGGAAAUAGUGUGCGCUUGUAAGUGCUGCCUGUACGGAUACAUUUACACAGAGAUCCUCUAGCAUGCUUUACACCACUAUGAAAAAUACAAAUACAAAUGUUAAGUUUAAGUAAGAAAUGAGAUGUGUUUAACCUCAAAUCAAUGGACACCAAGAUAACCAGGUAAUAGAGUGCAAACAGGAAGGAGACUAUUUAAAAACAAAUACAAUUCUGCUGCUAAUGAAAAGGUAAAUUUUUAGAUUAAUAUGCUCAAGCAAAAUUACCUCCCUCAGUUCAGACCACGUGGCAGUCACCAGGCACAGACAAAGAAGAAAAGGCAGCUUGUCUUCUCCUUCUUCUUCUUCUUCUUCUUCUUGGCUGACACCUUUAGUUUUCAGAGGUGGCAGUAAUGGCUUUGACAAUGACUGCAGUUCCAUAUUCAAAAACAAAAAACUAAACAAUAAAAUUAAUAAUGGGGAAAAAAAAUGAAUAAACGUGACCCUUGCACUACCCUAACUAACCAACUUCCUUAAUCCUGUAAUAAAUCUCUUAGCAGCAUCUUUCCCUCUAUCCUAUCUUCCAUGUUCAAUAAACCCCCCGGUGUUUUUUUCUUCACCCCACAUCCCCUCAACCUGUUCCUCAUCACACCUCUUUGUUCCUCAUACCUCCAACACCACAUCUUAACAUGCUCUACCAUCUCUGUUUCCUGACACCUUUCACAUAACCCAGUAUCAUGUUCACCGACUAAUUCCAAUGUUUUAUUUUAAGAAAAAUACCCUAAUCUCAGCCUUAUUAGUACAACCUCUUCACUUCCAUUUCUUCCUCCUUCACUUCAACCUU